AUGACGCAGAUUCGGCGGGCGGUCGGCGCGGCUCUAGUUUUGGACUUUCCGCGCGACGUGGACUUUGCGCAAUCCACAAUGCGCAUCAUGUUUCAGGUGAACGACAAUUUGCCGGUCACCGAGGGACGCGGGCCUCGCUUCGGCAUGAACCUGAAGAAAAUUACGGAGUUGACCAUCGCCGAACUUGGCUAUGUGCACGUGAAAACGCAGAAUCGGAUUUCGCUGAAACUGACCAUCAUAGAACUCGACUUGAAGUGGAAAUUGCUUAGAGGACUUACAUUAUGGCUGCUUUUCUCUAACUUGGUUGCUUUCAGGAGCAUGACGUGCUCAACAAGAAGAUCGAUCUUGGACAAGAACAUGUAUUGUAAGUACAUUCAUUAUGUCUCAUAGCAAGAUGAAGAAGAAGAAGACAUGAUAGUAGAGAGAUCUGAACAGUAGUUGUCUAAAAUGAGGAUGAUGCUGGAUUUCAAGUAGCUGAUGUAGCUGAUAUUGAUGUGAAAAUUAUUAAUAUGCAGCUGAGCCUGAGCAUAUCUGAUCUCCUAAUUAGAGAGGUGCAGCUACAUGCAGACGCGCGGACUACCUUGGACCAUGAGUUAGAGGUUUUGAGAGGUCGUAACUGCAAGAUCGCGAGUUGGACGAUUCCUUCGAUCUUGGAUAUUCUAGGCCAUCCGGACCCAGAUAUCGCGGGAGCGCCGAUCGUGUCCCCCUCGUUCGCCUUGGCCGGUAUUGAUCAGGUGCAAUUGAUCUUCUAUCCCAAGGGCUACCAGCCGACUUUCCAAGACGCGUGCGGGGUCUUCGUCUGC